CAGGAAACUGCUUUUCAGACGCGCAGUGCAAGAAACAAGAUUGACUUAGUCGUGGAAAAGUAAGCGAGAAAUGAGUAAAAACUGGAAUAUGGAAAUGGAGUGAUUGUACAUGGAAUCCCGAUCACAUCACCUGCAUCGUGGCUCAGAAAAACAUGUCUAGAGCAAAUACAAUCCCCAGACUUGUUGUCAAGAUCAUAGGUAGCAAACAAGUCAAGCAGUUUAUUGAGGAUCCACAAGGAGACGCAGCAGACUCUUCAAAAAAAGAGGCAAAGAGUCCUCCAGUUGAAGCUGUAUCUGAUGAUAAAAGACAAGAUGUGAUGAUGUCCAGGUCUCACAGACGGAUCCAGAACAGAGUGGACUCUACACUUUGGGCUUCGAUCAACCAGGUCCCUGACAGGAUGUGUGUGACAGCGCCCUCUGGUGACCGGUCCAGGUCCUACAUUCACCCAAAGACUCACCACAACUCUGAACCCAGAGCAGCUGAAGGACUGCAGAAGACAGAAGAGAAAGGUGUGUCUGAGGACAGAGAUAAGGCCGAGCUCUCCUUGGCUGUCAGGGAGGAGCUGUCUGAUUGGCAGCUCUCCUCUCUGAGAUCGACAGAGGAUGAAGUGACAGCUCUUGAUCUCGCCUUCAGUGGGACACUGAAUCGAUCUGAGAUCACUCACCUGUUUCUGAAAAAUGAAGUUCCACUGAAAUUACCGACGUUUUCUCUGCUUCUCCGAAUGUUUUCUGAAAACAAUGAUCCAGUCCAGAUUCACUACAGAAAGCUCCUACAAUUUAUAAGAAGUUCUGCAUUCCCUGAGGAACUCCACAGUGACGCUUCAGUGUAGCUGAACUACCACAAAGCUUAUUCACGACUAUCACAUCAUAGAUCUGAACACUGAGAAUCGAUGAAGCAUAAUGCAGCAAGAAACCAGCACCAGACUCAUCUGGCCACAGUGCAAAAGACUAUUCAUUAUAAUGUUGUUGUGAUAUAAAUGAUUGUGUAAAAGUGAGAAGAUGCUAUUCUCUUUUCCCUGUGCUGGCCUGCUCAUCAUAUCAGGAGCGAUUUGAUGUUUAGGACUCGGGGAUCAAACCAUCACUCCUCAAUUAAUGGCCAACCCACUCCACCUGAGCUACAGCCGCCUCUUAUGAAUCACCAUUUGGAGAGAAACCGCAACAGUAGUUGGUGUCAAAUGAUAUUGGACAUAAAAUACGUGAUCAACUAUACAGUCAAUCUGUUCAUCAACCAUGUAACCAGUUAAGAGUCUUUAUUCACACUUGUCAUGUCUGCACAUAAAUUGAGGAUGAAAUGUUAACUGCAACACACCUUUGCAACCGUUGAACACACCAGAUGUACUGUACAGACCGAAGUAGUCAGGGGGAGCAAAUGUGGUAAAUAGAAGUGGGAAAGGAGACUGUGGUAGCCUAAUUCCAGACCAUUACAUUUCUGAUUUGUUCAGCUAAUGAAAUAGGUGUGGUGUACUAACUGACAAUUUACUAAUCAAACCUUUGCAGGCCAUAGAAUGGGCAACAGGUGCUCCAACCUAAACAACAACAUAAGUCGGAUUAACCACCCUCAAAAUACGACUCAAAUGAGCGUAUCCUAAAAUAGCGCCCCUACCGGUGGCGUUUGUCCAUGCCUCCCAAAACGGCCGGGCCUAUGUUUUGGAAAUCACUAGUGCUAUGAAGCUAACGUAACUUCAUUUAAAAAAAAAAAUCAAUCUUGUGUUAGACAGGAACUGAACAGUGGUCUCCUGGGUGAAAAGCAGCUAACUUACUACCCAUCACCACUGAAACACAACUUUCUGGCUAUUUAUAAUACGUGACCAACUCUGUCAUGUGUUUACGUUGUAUAGUCACUAGAGGUCACUGCCACAAUAAACGUCAACAUAAGUCCUAAUUUUGUGUGGUUAAAACAACCUACAUGGUCGUUUUUCUGUAGAGGACAGGCUCAGAGUGGUGGACACAUCUUCCGACCUAACUUAGCUUGCUAAAAACGGUAAAGUUGCAGAAAGAAACUCUCAAAUUGCCACGUCUUCAAUACAAAAAAAUGCAAAGUUAACAGCUCCUAGUCAUCGAUAUAUUAUCUGACUCCCAAGAUAGCUCGCAUUCAUCUGAAUAAAACUUGGGAUUACACUGGGAUGACAUUAUGCAAAGAAGGAAAGGUUUUCCAAAUAUAACCUUCAUGGUUUGAAAGUAAAUAACAUAUUAAUGCGCCUCCAACAGACCUUAAUUGGAGUUGCAGGCGCAACGCAGAGGUCAUAUUAUGGUUUUUGGCUUUUCCCUUCUCCUUUAAUGAGUUGUAUAUCUUUUUCUGUGCAUGUAAUCGGUUUGCAAAGUGAAAAAGCCCAAAGUCCAGCCCA